CUGGCAGACCUCGCGGUAUUACGAAUUUGCCAUUCUUCUCAAUUCCAACCUUUCUACUGCAUGCCGUAUUUCGUCUCCCCACGAAGCCACGAUCUUCCCUCCCUCCCUCGCUCCCCCCACCUCUUGCUGUCUCUUGCUCUCGUCGGUUACUCGCAUCGUGUUCAGUCUCCAAUCUGAGAGCGAAGAAAAGGGUUUUGGCCUUGGGUUUAAGCUCUGUUUGCGACUGCUCUAGGGGUUCUGCCCUAACUUCACCUGUAAACCAUGGGCAAAACUGUAGUUUCAGACGACGAAGAGGAGGUUGAACUCGAGGAGGACGAGAGAGAACCUGUCGACGGCGAAGACGUUGAAGAGCGCGAUGGCGAUGAAGACGAAGACUCUGAAGAGGGGCAGGAUGAGUAUGAGAAGGAUGGGUUCAUUGUUGAUGAUGAAGAAGAGGAAGAGCAGGAGGAGGAAGCUGACAGUGAUGACGAUAGGCAGAAGAAGAAGAAAAGAAAGAAAAGGGAGUCAGAGAAGAACUAUGUUCUUGAUGAAGAUGACUAUGAGCUUCUGCAGGACAACAACAUCACUGGUUUUCACCGGCCUAAAGCUGAGAGCAAAAAGUUCAAGAGGCUUAAAAAAGCACAGAGGGACACUGAGGAGGGGCACUCAGGAUUUUCUGAUGAAGAAGAGUUUGAUGGAAGUGGGAAGGGAGGGCGAACGGCUGAGGAGAAGCUUAAGCGCAGUUUAUUUGGUGAUGAUGAAGGAGCACCGCUUGAAGAUAUUGCUGAAGAAGAGGAACAGCCAGAAGAAGAAGAGGAUGCAGACAUUGGUGAAGAGGAUGAAAUGGCAGACUUUAUAGUGGAUGAAGAAGAAGUUGAUGAACAUGGAGCUCCUGUGAGACGGAAGAAGCUGAACAGAAAGAAGUCUAAGCAGGCACCAGGAGUUUCAUCCUCGGCUUUGCAAGAAGCUCAUGACAUAUUUGGUGAUGUUGAUGACCUUCUAAUGCGUCGUAAGCAAGGUUUAGAUUCUGGAGAAUGGAGGGAGAGGAGACUUGAAGAUGAAUUUGAACCAGCUGUACUUUCUGAGAAGUAUAUGACGGAAAAAGACGACAGGAUUAGGGAGAUUGAUGUUCCGGAAAGAAUGCAGAUGUCCGAGGAAAGCACUGGUCCUCCUCCAACAGAUGAGAUGAGUAUAGUUGAGGAGAGCAGCUGGAUAUGUAAUCAGCUUGCAUCUGGUAUGGUACCUUUGUUGGGCAAGCAAGGUACUGAAACAAAUGAAGGAGGUCAAAAUCAAUCGAUAAACAAGGACGAUGUUAUGAGAUUUUUGGAAUUAGUGCAUUUGCAGAAAUUAGAUAUUCCUUUUAUUGCAAUGUAUCGAAAGGAGGAGAUUCUGAGCCUCUUGAAAGACCCAGAGCAACAUGAAGCAGAUGAAGAGAAUCAGGAUAGAGCUGAGAAAGCACCUAAAAUGAAGUGGCACAAGCAGGUGCUAUGGGCAAUCCAGGAUUUGGACAGAAAGUGGUUGCUUCUUCAGAAGCGAAAAAGUGCUCUCCAAUUAUAUUACAAUAAGAGAUUUGAAGAAGAAUCCCGGAGAAUAUAUGACGAAACGAGGCUUACUUUGAAUCAGCAGCUUUUUGAAUCAAUUAUGAAGUCAUUGAAGGCUGCAGAAUCAGAAAGAGAGGUUGAUGAUGUUGACUCCAAGUUUAACUUGCAUUUUCCUCCAUGCGAGGCUGGAUUGGAUGAAGGGCAAUAUAAGAGACCCAAGAGGAAAUCACAGUAUAGCAUCUGCAGUAAGGCAGGCCUAUGGGAGGUUGCAAACAAGUUUGGGUACAGCUCUGAGCAGUUUGGAUUGCAGAUAUCUUUAGCAAAUAUGAGGAUGGAUGAGUUGGAGGAUGCCAAGGAAACACCAGAAGAAAUGGCCUCAAAUUUUACAUGUGCAAUGUUUGAGACACCUCAAGCUGUGCUUAAAGGUGCUAGACAUAUGGCAGCAGUUGAGAUCAGUUGUGAGCCGUAUGUCAGGAAACAUGUUCGCAGUACUUUCAUGGAAAAGGCUGUGGUAUCUACAAGACCAACUUCUGAUGGAAAUUUGGUUAUAGACUCCUUUCAUCAGUUUGCAGGGGUGAAGUGGUUAAGUGACAAGCCAUUGACUAAAUUUGCAGAUGCUCAAUGGCUCAUGAUCCAAAAGGCUGAAGAGGAGAAGCUCCUUCAAGUUACCAUUAAGUUACCUGAAGAUAUUCUAAAUAAGUUACUAAAUGAUUCUAGGGAUUACUAUCUCAGUGGUGGGGUUAGUAAAUCUGCUCAACUAUGGAAUGAGCAGAGGGAGCAUAUACUGAAAGAUGCAUUUUUUGGUUUUCUUAUUCCUUCAAUGGAAAAGGAAGCUAGGUCCUUGUUGAUGAGUAGAGCAAAAAGCUGGUUGCUAUCAGAAUAUGGAAAGGCUUUUUGGGACAAAGUCUCUGUGGCACCAUAUCAACGUAAGGAAAAUGAUGCAAGCUCUGAAGAUGAUGCUGCACCGAGGGUUAUGGCUUGCUGCUGGGGUCCUGGGAAGCCAGCAACCACUUUUGUAAUGCUGGAUUCGUCAGGAGAAGUGCUUGAUGUAUUAUACACAGGGUCUCUCACUUCACGGUCCCAAAAUGUAAAUGAUCAGCAGCGCAAGAAAAAUAACCAACAGCGUGUUUUGAAGUUCAUGACAGAUCAUCAACCACAUGUUGUUGUUCUAGGGGCUGCAAAUUUGUCUUGCACACGAUUAAAGGAGGAUAUUUAUGAGAUUAUUUUUAAGAUGGUGGAGGAGAACCCAAGAGAUGUUGGUCAUGAGAUGGAUGGGCUAAGUGUUGUAUAUGGGGAUGAAUCUCUACCUCGUCUCUAUGAAAAUUCACGAAUUUCGUCUGAUCAGUUACCUGGACAGUCUGGCAUUGUUAAGCGGGCUGUGGCUCUUGGACGACAUCUUCAAAAUCCAUUGGCAAUGGCUGCAACACUUUGUGGACCUGCAAGAGAGAUAUUGUCCUGGAAACUUUAUUCUUUGGAAAGCUUUCUUUCCCCUGAUGAGAAGUAUGGAAUUGUUGAACAGGUUUUGGUGGAUGUUACUAACCAGGUGGGCCUUGACAUUAAUUUGGCAGCUAGCCAUGAAUGGUUAUUUGCGCCGCUACAGUUUAUUUCUGGGCUUGGACCCAGGAAGGCAGCAUCCUUGCAAAGGUCCCUGGUAAGGUCUGGAGCAAUUUUCACUCGAAAAGACUUUGUAACAGCGCAUGGACUGGGUAAAAAGGUGUUUGUUAAUGCAGUCGGUUUCUUGCGUGUUCGUCGGAGUGGACUGGCUGCUAGCAGCAGCCAAUUUAUUGAUUUGUUGGAUGACACUAGAAUACAUCCAGAAUCAUAUGGUCUUGCACAGCAGUUGGCCAAAGAUGUUUAUAAGGAACACGUUGGUAGUGUCGCGAAUGAUGACGACGACGAUGAUGAGGAGAUGGAGAUGGCUAUAGAGCACGUCAGAGACAAUCCAAGCAGCUUGAGAACCAUGGAUUUAAAUAUGUAUCUUGAAUCAAAAAAACGUGAGAACAAGAGAGAGACAUUCCUUGAUAUACAGUUGGAACUGAUACAGGGCUUCCAAGAUUGGCGUAAACCAUACGAAGAACCCAGCCAGGAUGAGGAAUUUUAUAUGAUUUCAGGUGAAACAGAGGAUACCUUGGCUGAAGGAAGAGUAGUGCAAGCAACAGUUCGCAGGGUGCAAGGUCAAAGGGCAAUCUGUGUGCUUGAUUCUGGGUUGACUGGGAUGCUUUCUAAGGAAGAUUAUUCUGAUGACUCGAGGGACAUUGUUGAUUUGACUGAUAGGCUGUGUGAAGGUGACAUGAUCACCUGCAAGAUUAAGUCAAUCCAAAAGAAUAGGUAUCAGGCGUUCCUUGUUUGCAAAGACAGUGACAUGAGAAACAAUAGAUAUCAGAACAUUCAAAAUCUUGAUCCCUAUUAUCAUGAAGACCGGAGCACUUUACAGGGUGAACAAGAAAAAGCUCGAAAAGAAAAGGAGCUUGCGAAGAGGCAUUUUAAGCCUAGGAUGAUUGUGCAUCCCCGUUUCCAAAAUAUUACUGCUGAUGAGGCAAUGGAGUUUUUGUCAGACAAGGAUCCAGGUGAAAGUAUUAUCCGUCCAAGUUCUCGUGGACCUUCUUUUUUGACUUUAACCCUGAAGGUAUAUGAUGGAGUUUAUGCUCACAAGGACAUAGUUGAAGGUGGAAAGGAGCACAAGGACAUCACAAGCUUGCUCCGUAUAGGGAAAACAUUGAAAAUUGGGGAGGACACUUUUGAAGAUUUGGAUGAGGUGAUGGAUCGAUAUGUUGAUCCAUUGGUUGCUCAUUUGAAGGCAAUGCUGGGUUAUCGCAAGUUCAGGAAGGGCUCCAAAGCAGAAGUUGACGAGCUUCUGAGAAUUGAGAAGGCAGAGUAUCCUAUGAGGAUAGUUUAUUGUUUUGGCAUAUCUCAUGAACACCCUGGCACCUUCAUCCUAACUUAUAUACGAAGUUCAAAUCCACACCAUGAGUACAUUGGUCUGUACCCAAAAGGAUUCAAGUUCCGGAAAAGAAUGUUUGAGGACAUUGAUCGCCUUGUGGCAUACUUCCAGAGACAUAUUGACGAUCCACAGCAUGAUUCAGCACCAUCCAUUCGGUCCGUCGCUGCUAUGGUUCCAAUGCGCAGCCCUGCCUCUGGGGGCUCUUCAGGGGCAUCCUUGGGUAGUGGCUGGGGUGGUUCAGCCAACAGCAAUGAUGGUAGCUGGAGAGGUCAGUCUUUUGACAGAGAUAGAUCUGCUACACCGGGCUCUAGAGCUGGCCGAAGUGAUUUUGGAAAUGGUGGUCAGGAUGGGCAUCCAAGUGGGCUCCCUAGGCCAUAUGGUGGGCGUGGCCGCGGUGGCCGUGGUGGCCGUGGUCGAGGUUCUUAUAACGGUGGCAGAGGAAAUAGCUCUAGCAACGACAGGCGUGAUUCUGACUUUGGUACUCCAAAAUGGGGUUCAGCUUCAAAGGAGGGCGAUGAUGGAUGGGGAAACUUCCCAGGUGCUAAGGUUCAAAAUUCGCCUGGCAGGGAAGCUUUCCCUGGUGGUUGGGGCACUGGUGGACAUGGUAGUGGAGGUAGCUGGGGUGGUGGCAGCAGUAGUGGUGGUGGUAGUGGCAAUGACAAGAGUGGAUGGGGAAAUGAAAGUGGUGGCGGUGGCGGUGGCGGUGGUGGUGGCAGCAGCGGCGGUGGCUGGGGUGGCGGUGGUGGUGGCUGGGGUGGCAGUGGUGGCGGCGGCGGCGGCGGCGGCAGUGGUGGUGGUGGCUGGGGUGGUGCUGGCGGUAGCACCUGGGAUUCUGCUGGGUCUAAAUUGACUGGUGGAAUUGAUUCUGCUGCAGAAAUGGGGAAUGCUGGGUGGGGUGGUGGCCCCAAGAGAAGCUCCUCACAAACGCAAGCAGCUGGUGGUUGGUCUGAAGGUGGUGGUGGUGGCAGCAGUGGUGGGUGGUGAUACCUAGUCUAGGAUUGGGUAGUGAAUCCCCACAACCUAAGGAUUCCUGUUUUCCAAGCAUUUUUUCAUACUUCUGGACAACCUUUUUUUUAGGAAAUUUUGCAUUGUUGCCCAGAUUGGAUUGACAAAGUUCUAUCCUCCUUGUAUGUAUCUUUAAUUAUGCACAGUAAUGGGCUUCCUGCUUUUUUUCUUUAUAUAUUAGCAGUGCCUCUUUUCUUC